UCCUAAAGAUGAGUUGAGACAGUGAGACCUUCAGAGCUUCGUUAUCUCCGCUCUGCUUCAAACUGACAUAACCUCACCCGCGCCUUCUGCUCUCUUCCACCCUAAUCAUGUCUCGACCUCUCACCGACCAAGAGAAGCGGAAACAGAUUAGUGUGCGAGGUUUAGCCGGAGCAGAGAACGUCUCUGAUCUUAAAAAGAACUUCAAUCGCCAUCUCCACUUCACUCUUGUGAAGGAUCGUAACGUUGCCAAUCCCCGUGACUACUACUUUGCUCUCGCUCACACGGUGCGGGAUCACCUGGUCGGUCGCUGGAUCCGGACACAGCAGCAUUAUUACGAACAUGAUCCAAAGCGAAUUUAUUACAUCUCCCUUGAGUUCUACAUGGGACGCACUCUUCAGAACACCAUGGUCAAUCUAGGUCUUGAAAAUGCAUGUGAUGAAGCAACAUACCAGCUCGGCUUAGAUAUGGAAGAUUUGGAAGAGAUUGAAGAAGAUGCUGGCCUGGGGAACGGUGGUCUUGGCAGACUGGCAGCCUGUUUUCUGGACUCUAUGGCUACUCUUGGUCUUGCCGCAUAUGGUUAUGGAAUCCGAUAUGAAUUUGGAAUCUUCAACCAAAAGAUUUCAAAUGGCUGGCAGGUUGAAGAGGCAGAUGACUGGUUGAGAUAUGGGAACCCCUGGGAAAAGGCUCGUCCUGAAUAUAUGAUUCCUGUUCACUUUUAUGGCAAAGUACAACACACCCCACAGGGAGCUGAGUGGGUAGAUACUCAGGCUGUCCUCGCUCUUCCAUAUGACACCCCAGUUCCAGGAUACAAGAAUAAUACUGUAAACACCAUGAGACUGUGGUCAGCAAAAGCCCCUGUUGAAUUCAACUUGAAGGACUUCAAUGUGGGUGGUUAUAUUCAGGCUGUACUAGACCGUAACAUUGCUGAAAACAUCUCACGUGUCUUAUACCCCAAUGACAAUUUCUUUGAAGGAAAGGAGUUACGUCUGAAGCAGGAGUACUUCGUUGUAGCUGCCACCCUUCAGGAUAUAAUCAGGCGUUUCAAGUCUUCCAAGUUUGGGUGCCGUGAUGCAGUCCGUACAUCCUUUGAAGCCUUCCCUGAAAAGGUGGCUAUACAGCUUAAUGAUACUCACCCAUCCCUUGCUAUUCCUGAACUCAUGAGAAUCUUUGUGGAUAUUGAAAAAAUGGAUUGGGAGAAGGCCUGGGACAUAACAGUCCGCACUUGUGCUUACACUAAUCACACAGUAUUACCAGAGGCCUUAGAACGCUGGCCGGUUCAUCUCCUACAGAAUUUGCUCCCAAGACAUUUGGAAAUCAUCUAUGAAAUCAACCAGAGACAUCUCAAUCGUGUUGCUGCCAUGUUUCCUGGAGAUAUGGAUCGUCUCAGCAGAAUGUCUCUGGUAGAGGAAGGCUCAGUAAAACGUAUUAACAUGGCUCAUUUGUGCAUUGUGGGAUCACAUGCAAUUAAUGGAGUUGCUCAAAUCCAUUCUGAUAUCAUAAAAGACACUGUUUUCCGUGAUUUUUAUGAAAUGGACCCCCACAAGUUCCAGAAUAAGACUAAUGGAAUCACACCAAGGCGCUGGUUAGUGCUGUGUAACCCAGGCUUGGCGGAAGUCAUAGCAGAGCGUAUAGGAGAUGAUUACAUCACUCAUAUGGACCAGCUGAAGAAGCUUCUUGACUUUGUUAAUGAUGAAGGAUUAAUCCGAGACAUUGCAAAAGUGAAACAGGAAAACAAGUUGAAGUUUUCACGGUAUCUGGAGAAUGAAUACAAAGUAAAGAUCAACCCAAACUCCAUGUUUGAUGUCCACGUUAAGAGAAUCCAUGAAUACAAGCGACAGAUACUGAACUGUCUACAUGUGAUCACCCUUUACAAUCGCAUAAAGAAAGACCCCAGCAAACACUAUGUGCCCCGAACAGUGAUGAUUGGAGGAAAGGCAGCUCCUGGGUAUCAUAUGGCCAAGAUGAUUAUCAAACUAAUCACAUCUGUGGGAGAAGUAAUCAAUAAUGAUCCAGUUGUCGGAGAUCGUCUAAAGCUCAUAUUUUUGGAGAACUACCGUGUUUCUCUGGCAGAGAAAAUAACCCCUGCCGCAGACCUCUCUGAGCAGAUCUCCACUGCCGGUACCGAGGCAUCUGGCACAGGAAAUAUGAAGUUUAUGUUGAAUGGAGCCCUGACCAUUGGCACCAUGGAUGGAGCAAAUGUUGAGAUGGCUGAAGAAGCUGGAGAAGGGAACCUCUUCAUUUUUGGCAUGAGAGUGCCUGAUGUAGAGCGACUUGAUCGUGAGGGGUAUAAUGCUCGAUCAUAUUAUGAGAGAAUUCCUGAGCUCAAACAAGUAAUUGAUCAGUUGAAUUCAGGAUAUUUCUCCCCCAAACAGCCUGACCUCUUCAAGGACGUUGUCAAUAUGCUGAUGAAUCAUGACAGAUUUAAAGUGUUUGCAGAUUAUGAAGAUUAUAUCAGAUGUCAGGAUUCUGUCAGUGCUCUGUACAAGAAUCCAAAAGAAUGGACUCGCAAGGUUAUCUACAACAUUGCUGGUUCUGGGAAGUUCUCCAGUGACCGGACUAUUUCCCAGUAUGCUCGUGAGAUUUGGGGAGUAGAGCCAAGCACCUUGAAAAUCCCCCCUCCUGAUGUCCCCCGCGAGUGACUCCUCCACUCAUCAUUGAUGGAUGCCUACCAAAAAUAACAAAUAAACCUUUGAACCCUUUGAAAUGGCGCUCAAAAGUUCUGACCAGGAGGUGUCCAAAUGUCAUUUAUACUCAUGCUCUAAUUAUCUUCUACUUUCUGUUCCAACACUGGAGACUUUUCUACACCCCAUCGCUAAUUUCAAUUUAAUACCAUUUCCACAACCGAACAUACAGAAUUUGUUUUUGCCUUGUUCAUCCUGAGUAGGAUAAUUUGUUUUACUUAUAAACAAAGUCAUAAGGCAUUCAUCAUCUGACAACUUAUCCCCAUGCUAUUAAUUUGCAGUUCUUUAAGUUCCAAUUGUAUAAGAGGAAAAUGUGUUCACCAUAUCUCUCUUAUCAAACAGUAUGAAUAUCUAUUUUUAACCAAGGGUAUAUUAUUUAUAAACCAGAUAUGUUAUUUCUAAUGUGGUAUUUAAUAAAGCCAUAUCAGUACUAA